ACGAGAGGGCGACGAUGGCGGCUGUCACUGCGAAGCCAAUCCUCUUUUUGGAAGAAAAUCAGUAUUCAAACUUUGAGUGGAUUGGUGAAAUAGAGGAUGGUUCUCUCCUGUGCCGCUGGGAAGAGGAGGUGCUUGUGAGAGGGCCAGCAGACAGCUCAAGUGAUGGUGGGCCAGAAGGAGCCACCAGUUCACUUGCCUUUGCUACACAGAUUGCUAUUGCAACCCCUGAUCUUCAGUGCACUCAGGUCUUGUACACUUUUGACAAGGUUGUACCUGUGGUCCAAGCCUCAGUCAAUGCUUCCAGGACUCUGCUAGGUUUUGUGACGCGGAGGAAUGUCGGAGAAGGAAACAAGUACGCAGCAUACGUGGCUGAAGUGGCGCCGCAGGGAGGAGUGUUUUCCCUCAACAUCGACUGCUCGCGUCAGAUCUUUCUGGAAUUUUUGCACACGGAGGAAAAUGAAAAGCCACUUGGAGACAGCUGGAUAGCAAAGCUGCUUGUGUUUGUCCAUAGAGAAUCGAUUGCCAUCUAUUCGUUCCCGCUGAGUCUGAAGGACGGAGCGUCGUGGGUGGUGGACGACCAGCCCCUCACGGAGUCUGUGGUGCGGUCUUUCGUGUGGGCCCAGUGGGAGCCUCGGCACAAUCACCUCUAUUACCUGCACUACAGACCUCCACCAGAGGUCGGGCUGACCCUGGGAUCAUGUGAAUCAGAGGAAGAUGAGAUGCGACCUCGUCCUAUGCUCACCGCUCUGCAGUUUCACCCAAAUAAACCUCAUGAAACUGUGCUAAAUGUGCCACUAGAACUCUCAGGGUUAGAACAUUCUCCAAUGGACCUCAGUGGAGAUUAUCGAGACCAGGGUUUAUUGCACACUGCGGGAGAUGCCUGGUUGGAUCUCCGUGUUGUUACAUCGCCCUCUGGAGCCGUCUGCAUCUGCCAUCAUUACAUCUACAAGUCGAGGCUGGCUGAGACCCCAGCUGACCCAGAGAGUUGUGCUGUGUAUUUAGCAUAUUCUGUGACCCUUCUGCACCAUGGCUGUGUCCUGCAUACAGUGGUGCCAGGAGUACCUUGGGGCCAUGCUCAUUCUGCCCUUCCUACAUACUCACUGUUCGGAGAUCACUACUUGCUGGUGAUUGUGCCAGGAGUGUGCAUGCACAUGCUGGAUAUUGGCUUGGACCACAUGCCCAACAACCACAUUGUCACAACCCCCCCACCUCAGCUUUUGCCCAAUGCACAGCUUUUCCAGAUUUGUGGGAAAAAAGUCACCUCAGGGCGCAGCAUGACUUUUGUUGAUGGAGUGAACCAGAUGUUGGUUGAAGUUCGUGUCACAAAAGAGUCCCUCUUUUCGCUCUUCAAGUGCUCUGCUGUGUUGAGCAAUCGCUUGGCCAUCUUGCACUUGGCAUCUGUUCAUGACAAGGAUCAUGACCUGUCAAGGAAGCUAAUGUGGAGUGUAUGUGAAGACCCAUAUAACUUGGAUACUCCAGUGUUGCUGCAAGAGUACCUCGUGGGAGAGACAUAUGCUGCUGUCCAUAAGCACAUAGACUCGGAUGCUGGCCACCUCAUCUCCCUCCUGCCAAUCACUACUGCCCCCUUCACAACGGACACAGAGUAUAUUGAAUCCCCAGCUGAAGAAAAUGUGAGGAUUUCCUACUGCUUGCUGGAAAACGCUUGCAUAAUGCUGUUAUCUCCACGUGAGCGAGUGGUGAGGUCUAUAUCAGACACCUGGACCAAACUCUGGGAGCACACCAGCUGCAGGCACCACCAGCGCUUUAGCCUGACGGAUGUGGUGGACAAGCUCAUGGUUUCUCUGGAUACUUAUAAACCAGAGGCAUUGUCUCAAGGUAGUACUCCAGUGUCGCCAGCUAGCCCCCUAGUUGGAGGUCUCACCAUCACCUCCUUAGGACUAACACUUGCACACCUUAUGUUCGACCCUCUGCCCUUCAACGAGGCUGAAAACACUACUUCCUCUAAACUAGAGCACCUUCUCUCUGUGAACCUGAGGGAGCUGAGUAUGUACUGCUUGAAACACUUUCCUCAUGAAUCACCCAUGAGGGUCCAUGCAGUUGCCAGCAAAUAUGUUUGUACUCAGCUUCAGAAAUGGAGAACGAACUGGGCACUGUCAGAAACUGAGGGAUGGAGUUACCAAGGAGGAGAUUCCAAGAACCAACUGACUGAAGAAUUUAAAGAUCAGCAGCACACACUAAAAUGGAGAACGAAUUGGGCACUGUCAGAAACUGAGGGAUGGAGUUACCCAGGAGGAGAUUCCAAGAACCAACUGACUGAAGAAUUUAAAGAUCAGCAGCACACACUAAAUUACCAGUACAUAAUAUACUGUGCCAAAGAUUAUAUGACAGAGAACUUCAAAGCCUCACCAUAG